AUGGAUCAUGAGAGAAGUGAAGGAGAUAAACUGGAGGAAGUGAUGUUGCCUGGUUUUAGAUUCCAUCCCACUGAUGAGGAACUUGUGGGGUUUUAUCUAAAGAGAAAGAUUCAACAGCGCCCUCUCUCCAUUGAGCUCAUCAAACAACUUGACAUCUAUAAAUAUGAUCCUUGGGAUCUUCCUAAGUUAGCGAGCACCGGAGAGAAAGAGUGGUAUUUCUACUGCCCUAGGGAUAGGAAGUACAGGAACAGCACCAGACCAAACCGGGUGACCGGAGCAGGGUUUUGGAAAGCCACAGGGACCGACCGCCCUAUAUACUCGUCUGAGGGCACAAAAUGCAUUGGUUUGAAGAAAUCUCUUGUUUUCUACAAAGGUAGAGCUGCUAAGGGCCUCAAAACUGACUGGAUGAUGCAUGAGUUUCGGCUACCUUCUCUCACCGAUCACUCUGUUGUUCCAUCGAAGAGAUUAUUGGACUACAAAAACUUCUCCGCUAAUGAUUCUUGGGCAAUAUGUAGAAUAUUCAAGAAAACCAACUCAUCAGCUCAAAGAGCUCUCUCUCAAUCUUGGGUUUCUCACUUAUCAGUCGAUCAUCAACCAAGCUGUACUACCACUACUACUACAACUACUACUCAGUUUGGUUCAGAUCUCACAAGCAACAACAACAACAAUAAUAAUAUGUCAUCAUCACUUGGAACCAAAACCAGUUCACCGAUCCAGUUUUGUACUACUAAUAAUAGAAACGACAUACAAAACUCGUCGGCCAAUAAUAAUAGUAGUAGCAUAAGUUUGACUUACCCUCCUCUUGAUCACUUUGCUUCUUACAAAGCCUUUCAUAACUCCAAUAUUAACAUUUCAAGCUGUAGUAGUAGUGGAGAUCACUUCUCCCCAGCUAGCUUCCUAUUCCCAAUAUCCCCUCCAGAUAAUAUUUCUCCUAAUUCCACUAUGCUACUAAACAUGUCUUCAGUACUUGGAGAUUAUCAUCAUCAUCAUCAUCAUCAUCAUCAUCAGGGUGUUGAUUUGAUGAUGACCAAUGGAAUAUCACACGAGGAGGAUCACCAAUGUACUAAUAACGAUGUUAACGGCUUCUCAAUGGGGUUGCCCUAUGAGCUUUUUCAAGGGAAUAUUCUUGGUAACAUGGUUUGUAAUACGACGACUAAUACUAGUACAGAUCAAAGUUCCAUGAUGACAAGGAAUAAUAUUCAUGAGGAGGAUGAAGAUCAGACGUGGGACGCUGUUCGGUCCCUUGGUUUCAAUCCGUUUAGUACUUUGCCUUUGCCACCUUUGAAUACGGCUAUGGCGGAUCCAUGGAAGCCGAGCUUGCUAUGGGACUCCUCCUCGCCAUGUCCUACCGAGACGUCCACAAAUUUUCCCAAUAGCAGUAACAAAUGCUAUACUUAGCUAGAUCAGCACCAUAUUAAAAACUGACCUGAAACUUUUUUUAUUUAUUUUAAUAUAUAUUAUUUUUGGUUAAUAUAGUUAAUUAGUACGUGAUUAGUUUAGCUCUCUAGCUUUUGCAGAAAAGAAAGUUCUUUGAUUUGUAUAUCAAUCACUUUUGUAUGGCCACUGGGAAAUUAAAGUGUGGCCGAUGAAAUAGAAUGUGAACUACAACGACCCUAGCUAGCUAGUUUAAGAAAAUUAAUGGUUUCAGUGACUCUUUC